GUAUAUCAAUGGCUGAAAGCCACAGCCAAUGGUUAGACUAAUACCUACUACUACACACUACAUUGAUAUUGGCCUCAACCAUGGUGCUUUCAGAUAAAAAAUUUGUCCUCGUCACUGGGGGUAGUAGUGGUCUCGGCUUCGAGACAAUCAAAGCCUUGAUCCAGACCAACCAACCUUACCACGUCUUUCUUGGCUGCCUAUUCCCCGAUGAGGGCCAAAGUGCAGUUUUAUCCUUGCAACGGGAUGUGCCCGAGACUCCAAGCACUCUAGAAUCAAUCUUGGUUGAUGUCACUGAUGAUGAGUCAAUUGACCGAUGCUUCCACACUGUACAGUCUAAAAUUGGCCACCUUGAUGUGUUGGUCAAUAAUGCAGGGAUCUCCCUUCAGGCAUCUGAAAUAGGCAUGCGCGAAGCAUGGAAUCGAUGUUACGACGUCAAUGUCACCGGGGCCCAAAUCAUGACCCAUACCUUUGUACCGCUCCUCCUUCGCUCUAAUGAUCCACGUUUAAUCUUCAUCACCAGCGGGUUGUCUAGUCUCACUCCGAUGAGCAACGUCUACACGCCCACCAGGAUGACUGUUCCCGCUGGUUGGCCAAAACCGGAGGUACAUCCGUACCGGGCGUACCGAGCGACCAAAACAGCACUGAAUAUGGUCAUGUUAGAGUGGCACUGGCAGCUGCGAGAAGAUGGAGUCAAAACUUGGGGUGUAUCACCAGGGUUUUUGGCCACCAAUUUGGGGGCCAGUUUUGCAGGAAUGGAUGGCGCUCCUCCUGUGUUGCCUGCAUCUGUUGGUGGAAGACUAGUGGCGUCAGUGGUAGAAGGCGACCGAGAUACGGACGUGGGCAAGAUUGUGCUCAAGGAUGGUGAAGUACAGCCGUUCUGAGAAUCUCGGUUUGGCCUCAGCAGGGGUUCUUCAGUAAAUAGCAUCUCAAUGAAUACGCUCUUAGUCAUUGGAUUGGUGCCACGCCAUUUUCUAAUGCACCGUCUAGUUUUUGUAGAGCCUUGCAUGAAAUGAAUUGUACAACGGCGUUCUUUUCCGAAUAUAUGAUGCACUCUCAUUAUUUUUCUUUUUUUAGUGCCUAGCUCUGGAGCUCCUUUUUUCGCUUCCUUUUUCUUCUUUGAGGAAUUAAUUAGGAAAUUCCGUGCGCCCUCCAACCUGUAACUACUUUAUUUUGGUAAUGUCUCUAUGAGGAGCGUUUUUGACAAGCCCUUCAUUCUUCAUCGUAAUGGCCCAUAACUUUUCUAAGUAUAUAUUGAGUUUCAAAUGAUUAUCUAGGUAGCUUCCGACCUCCUUGUUCAGAGGUGCCUAUUUCCAUGAGCGCUCUUUGGUUCGCCGUAGUCCGAUGUACGUUAAACUAUCAGGGAUAUUCGACGUAAUUGGCGUCUCGAAAAUAGAAAAAGAAAACACGAAAGAAAGUAACGGCACUUAUCGUUUCCUCCGAGUGCUUUCUCCGAGAUCCGGCAUCUACUUAAGCGCCGCCAUUACCCCCGAGGUGUCGGACCAGACAGAACUGAGAGCAAGGCGAGGCUUGCCGUCGUUCACGCUAGCUUGAUCUACUAGCAUGCGGCAUGUGUACUCAUUCGUGUACGAUUUCCCGUUCUUCAGCCCAAGUUCAACCUCGCCAAUGAGCAUCAGGUCGUAUCCGUUCUUAUCAGCGACAAAUACUUGUUUGACACGAUGGCGACGAGAGGAAAAUGCCUUCCAGGCAUUCAGCUU